AUGCCCGCUGCAGCUGUGUCUCCCCCGGCCCCAGCACGCCUGCCCCUCCGGGCUGUGCCCGACGCUCCCUCGGGCGGCCCGUCCACCCCAGAGGCGGCAAAGCUUAGAGAGCCAGCCAGCAACGGGACCUUCCGGUUCCUGCGCCAGUUGCCACCAGUAUCAGUUGUGGGAGCUUGUGUACGAAUGCAUGUGUGCGUGACCGCCCGGCCCCCCCAGAUCGUGUACUUCACCGCAACAUUCCCCUACGUGGUCCUCGUCGUGCUCCUGGUGCGUGGCGUGCUGCUGCCCGGCGCCUUGGACGGCAUCAUCUACUAUCUCAAGCCUGACUGGUCGAAGCUGGGGUCCCCUCAGGUGUGGAUAGAUGCCGGGACCCAGAUUUUCUUCUCCUAUGCCAUCGGCCUGGGGGCCCUGACGGCGCUGGGCAGCUACAACCGUUUCAACAACAACUGUUACAAGGACGCCAUCAUCCUGGCUCUCAUCAACAGCGGCACCAGCUUCUUCGCUGGCUUCGUGGUCUUCUCCAUCUUGGGCUUCAUGGCCGCAGAGCAGGGCGUGCACAUCUCCAAGGUGGCGGAGUCAGGGCCAGGCCUGGCCUUUAUCGCCUACCCCAGGGCCGUCACGCUGAUGCCUGUGGCCCCCCUCUGGGCUGCCCUGUUUUUCUUCAUGCUGCUGCUGCUCGGCCUGGACAGCCAGUUUGUAGGUGUGGAAGGCUUCAUCACUGGCCUGCUCGACCUCCUCCCGGCCUCCUACUACUUCCGUUUCCAAAGGGAAAUCUCUGUGGCCCUCUGCUGUGCCCUCUGCUUUGUCAUCGACCUCUCCAUGGUGACCGAUGGCGGGAUGUAUGUCUUCCAGCUGUUUGACUACUACUCGGCCAGCGGCACGACCCUGCUCUGGCAGGCCUUUUGGGAGUGCGUGGUGGUCGCCUGGGUGUACGGAGCCGACAGGUUCAUGGAUGACGUGGCCUGCAUGAUCGGAUACCGACCUUGCCCCUGGAUGAAAUGGUGCUGGUCCUUCUUCACCCCACUGGUCUGCAUGGGCAUCUUCACCUUCAACGUGGUGUACUACAAGCCGCUGGUCUACAACAACACCUACGUGUACCCGUGGUGGGGCGAGGCCAUGGGCUGGGGCUUCGCGCUCUCCUCCAUGCUGUGUGUGCCCCUCCACCUCCUGGGCUGCCUCCUCAGAGCCAAGGGGACCAUGGCUGAGCGUUGGCAGCACCUGACGCAGCCUGUGUGGGGCCUCCACCACUUGGAGUAUAGAGCUCAGGACUCGGAUGUCAGGGGCCUGACCACCCUGACCCCAGUGUCCGAGAGCAGCAAGGUGGUGGUGGUGGAGAGCGUCAUGUGACAGGCGCCCUGGCUCCCAUCACCAGCUCACCCUCUUGUAGCCAUAGCAGCCCCUGCUUUAGCCCCCCCCCACCCCUCCGGGGGGCUUGCCUUUCCCUGACACUUUUGGGGUCUGCCGGGGGGGGGGGAGUGGGAGGAAGCACCACGAGUGCUAAGCUAAAAUAACUUUUUCCAUUUUUAAUAAAACGCCAAAAAUACCACAACCCACCAAAAAUAGAUGCCUCCCCCCCACCACCACCCCCCAACGGAGCUGGUACGCACGCUGCUUCCCAGGCCCUACCGACCGCGCCCCCGCCCCAUGCCCGCUGCAGCUGUGUCUCCCCCGGCCCCAGCACGCCUGCCCCUCCGGGCUGUGCCCGACGCUCCCUCGGGCGGCCCGUCCACCCCAGAGGCGGCAGUGGCAGCUGGGGGACCAGGGCGGGAGAGCCAGGGCGGCUACUUCAGCUGGGCCCCACCCCUCUUCCCGUCCCUGUUCUAGAAGCUUAGAGAGCCAGCCAGCAACGGGACCUUCCGGUUCCUGCGCCAGUUGCCACCAGUAUCAGUUGUGGGAGCUUGUGUACGAAUGCAUGUGUGCGUGAGUAUGUAGGGUGAACCUAGAUCUCUUAGCCAAGGUCACUACCAGGUGUAAACUGUGCCUGUGGGCAAACGAGGCUUGUAUUUUGCACAUUUUAUAAAAACCUGAGGAAAGAGA